UCUCACCAGAGCGAGACUCUGUCUUAAAGGAAAGGGGGGGAAAAAAGAACGUAGUAAGAGAAACACAAUUUGAGUUUUUCCCACUUACAUCUUGAAAACUUGGCCAACCUGGCAUCACAGCCCACCUGCCAGUGUGGCAACUGCUGGUGGAGUGGCGAAAAGGCUGCCCCCUUGUGGGGAGACAGUGGUGCUGGUGCCAGAGAUGCCCACCCAGCCCUUCCAUGUAUUUCCUUUGCCACCUGGGUCUCCAGCUCGUGAUUCCUGCCCCAGACUGCAAACUCCCUGAAGGCAGGGCCUGACGGUGUCUUAUUUGACUUUGAUUUCCCAGCAUCUAUCCCACUCUCCAGCACACAGCGGGUCCUCAAUAAAUGUUUACCAGAUACAAACAAUAUUUUUGGAUUGCUUGUAUCACAUUUCUUCCAAUAUUAAAAUUGUGCCAGGGUCGUGCUGCUCUAGCCUGGAUCUUUGAAGCAGAUUGGCAGCGUAAGUGGCCUUGCUGUGUGCCCUCCCACCCCCUAAAUCCGCUCAUAUGUCAGUGGGCCGCUCCCAACAUUCUCACUCUGCGAUUUGACCUCUCUUCCUUCUAGCAAUCUCCUCUCGGAUAAGGGCAGCAAUGCGCGCCUCACAGGGUCACUGGGAAGCCUGCAUGAGAUCAUAAAUAUCAAGCACACAUCUAACACUUACUUUAUCACAUGUGCUCGCUGCCUUUAUCUCCAAGACAGUGAGCGUCUUCCUGCUCUUUGUUAGCCUAUAUGGUUUGGUUUGGUUUUUUCAGCCAAGCCCCAAGGAAGAGAUUAGAAUAGAAAUCUCUGUAUUCUGAGAAUUUUCUGGGUCCCCUCCUCACAAACGGGUAAAGACUUUAUCGGGAAGGCUUGCAUUUGUCAAGUCAAUACUGGCCCCCAAAGAGAUGAUUAGGGCAGAUCAGAGUGUAUUUAAAUGAGCACCUCUUGACCGCCACUGCAUGCUCAGAAUUCACUCUUUUCUGAGUGCUUUAAACCCAGGAAGGAAGUAUGAAGCGGCUUCUGACGCUCGGGUUGGUGGCGCUCUCAGAAUGCUUGGUCAAAAUCCCUCUGAUGAAGAUCAAAUCCAUUGGAGAAAACCUCCGGGAAAAUGACAGGCUGAAAGAUUAUCUUGAGAAAUAUCCUUACAGUCUGGCCUAUAAUUUUCUUGAUCAAUAUCAGGACGAGGGAAUAUCUUUGGAACCCAUGAGGAACUACCUGGAUCUGGCCUUCAUCGGCAUCAUCAGCAUCAGAACAGCGCCUCAGGAGUUCAAGGUCAUUCUGGACAUGGGCUCCACUGACUUGUGGGUGCCCUCUGUCUACUGCGUCAGCCAAGCCUGCAGUGAGUGCUCCCUUCCCCAUCUUCUGUCCUCCCAGCACCUCCUCUUCCAUCCUCAGCAGCCUGAGAGAUGCCCACCCCUUGUGUCUGCUGACCACAACGUCUUCAACCCUCUGCUGUCCUCCACGUUCUGGGGCUCAGGCCGACCCAGCAGCAUCGCCCAUGGCACCGGGCAGAUGUCGGGAUUUCUUGGCUAGGACACUGUUAAGUCCCUCAGCAACUGGCCGCCUGCCCUGUGGGGCUGUGACCCAGGGGAGAUGGUGCCCCCGCUGGCAUGCACACUCCUCCAGAACAGCCUCCCCAGAGAGCGGGACCAUCUGGCCAAAGGGGAUGUAGAAAAGACGACCUUUGACAUUUGCAAUGAAUUCUCUCUGUUUCUGUCAUCAGAUCAUAUCGACACCAAAAAGGGGACAAUCCUGCUCCCUACCCAUGUGUCCUCAAGCAGGAACCAUCAGGGGUUCGGCCUGAACAUCAAGGAGCCCAGUAAGUUCAUGAAAUACGUGAUCUUCGAUGGCAACCUGGGACUGGGCUACCCCAGCCUCAGCAUUGAGGGAGCCACCCCCGUCUUUGAUAACCUGUGGAACCAAGGCCUCCUUUCUCCGAACCUCUUUGCCUUCUACUUGAGCAGCAAGGAAGAGAAGAGCAGCGUGCUGAUGCUCAGCAGGGUGGACCCCUCCUACCACACCGGAAACCUUAACUGGGUGCCAGUGUCCAAACUCCUCUACUGGCAGAUAGCCAUGGACAGCAUCACCAUGAACAGGAAGGUCAUUGCUUGUGAUGGUGGCUGACAGGCCAUUGUUGACACUGGGACCUCUUUGCUGAUUGGCCCACCGAACUCCAUCCGUGACAUCCGGAAGAAGACCAAUGCCCAGUACUUCAGUAGCGAGUACGUCAUGGAAUGUGACGCCAUCCACACCGUGCCUGACCUUGUCUUCACCAUCAAUAGUGUCAACUACCCAGUGCCAGCCAGUGCCUACAUCCAGCAGGAUCGUCCGGACAUCUGUCACAGCAAGUUUGAGGAGUACGUUAACAAAUCGCACAACACUAACACCUGGGUCCUGGGAGACGUCUUCCUGAGGCUGUAUUUCAGCGUUUUUGAUCGGGCAAAAGACAGGAUUUGCCUGGCUCCUGCAGUGUAAAAUGCAGGCACUUCUCCAGAAAGCAAUCAAGCCUGCCUCAAACACAUACUUAAACACCCCGGA